AUGCAGCGGCUCCGUCAAGAACUUCGGAGACUCGCUGACCAGCCGCUUCCUCUCCCGCCAUCACUCAAGGACAGGAGCUUUGACGAGGAGGAGGACAGCUUUGAGGAAGCGAGGAGGACGCGAAGGUAUGCGAGCAGGGACGGGCCAAGCUUUGCCAAGACGAGGAUCUAUAGGGAAGACGACCAUGACAAGGAACAGGAAAGGAGGACGAGGGAGGGAGAGAGAUCGAUGCGACCUCUUCUCAAACUCGGGGAGGAGGAGCUUGGUCUUCUGAGGAAGUACAACAUUCACAUUCCUUCUCUAGCUCGAGACGAGUUGGAGGAGGCGGCAGCCAGGCAUACAGACAGGAAAGUCAGAGAGAUGGGGAGCGAGACAAGGCCCAGCAUCGCACACGUUGGGGCCCUGGGGGAGCAGGGACCUGCCUUGUCCAUGCGGGAGCUGUCACGUGAGCACGAGAAUCACAUACCGAUGAGCUGGGAGGCGAAGAGAGCGUUUGCUGAAGCCGCGUCGAGGUCCUACUCUUACUCGGUGAGGAGAGAAUCGUCCCGUUUCUCUCGCUCCUCCAACGUCCUGGACUCGCACAUGUUCGACGACUGGAUGGACGAGCAGGUCAACCGGCCUGACGAUUCUCACGGGGAUGUGGAGGAGACGAGGAUGUCGGGGCAGAGGGAGGAGGCGACAGCAUGUCUGCCGGAUGUAAAUGUUCUCAUCCAGCAACUGCAAGAACAAGCCAUGCAUGAAAGACUGCGGGCACAAAUUUCCAACGAAUCUGCAAACGAGAUUUUGUCACAUGCCGUGAGUGGACGAAGAGACCAAGAUCUUGCUGUAAAGACUCAAAACCAAGAAGUGCAGACGGACGAGAGCAACUCUGACAAACAGCAGCGGUCAGACAUUGCAGGCGUGCUGAAAGAAACUCUCCACGAACUCAGUCUGGUUGUCAAGCAAGUCCGAUCAAGAUUGCAGAAGGAGCAGCAUAAAGAACAAGUCUCCGAGCUCAAUGGAAGCAUCAAGCAUCUCUCCCAGCAGGUCGAGGAGAUGCAAGUUGCGAAGAGAGACGCUCAGACCUACAUCGACGUGCUUGAGAGCGACUGUGCCAACCUGAGACGAGAGCUGGAGACUAUGCAGAGCUCGCACAGCAACCUGUCGACAGUCGAGAAGCAGCAGAAAGAUCUCAUCCUUGAGUUGACCGACCAGCUGCACGCCUGCAGGGAGCAGCUGCGAGCUGAGAAGAGCAAGCUGCUCACUGGCGCGUGUCAGUUUGCCAUGCAGCUCCGUCAGAUGCUCGCUGGCUCUGCUCCUGCCGUCGCCUCUCUCUUAUCCUCUCCUGUGCGCUCAGACAAGCUCGCAGCAUCAGGGUACAAGGACGGGCUGCUAGACUUGGAGCAUAUGCUCAAGGAAAUCAAAGCAUUGAAGAGCGUGUUGGCGGAUUAUCUGGCAGAGAAAGUUGGGCAGGAUUGUGCGAUGCAGUGA